CCGUCCCGGUCCCGGGCGGGAGGAGUCCCCGCCGCCCCCCGCCCGCUGAGCACGGCCCGGCCAUGGGGGCUCUGACCAGCCGGCAAAACGCAGGGGUGGAGGAAGUGGAUAUCCCCGCUAAUUCCGUCUACAGAUAUCCCCCGAAAUCCGGGAGUUACUUCGCCAACCACUUCAUCAUGGGCGGGGAGAAGUUCGACUCCACGCACCCCGAGGGGUACCUGUUCGGCGAGAACAGCGACCUCAACUUCCUGGGGAACCGGCCCGUGGUGUUCCCUUACGCUGCUCCACCUCCUCAGGAACCCGUGAAGACCCUCAGGAGCUUAAUCAACAUCCGCAAGGACACCCUGCGCCUGGUCAAGUGCUCAGAGGAGGUGAAGACCCCGGGGGAAGAAGUGAGCAAAGCCAAGGUGCACUACAACGUGGAGUUCACCUUCGACACGGACGCCCGCGUGGCCAUAACCAUCUACUACCAGGCAACUGAGGAGUUUCACAAUGGGGUGGCGAGCUACACCCCCAGGGACAACAGCCUGCAGUCGGAGACGGUGCACUACAAGCGGGGGGUGUGCCAGCAGUUCUGUGUGCCCUCCCACACCAUCGACCCCUCUGAGUGGAGCGAGGAGGAGCUGGGCUUUGACCUGGACCGUGAGGUUUAUCCCAUGGUGGUGCAGGCAGUGGUGGAUGAAGGAGAGGAGCACAGUGGGCACUGCCACGUGCUGCUGGCCACCUUUGAGAAGCACAGUGAUGGCACCUUCUGUGUGAAGCCACUCAAGCAGAAGCAAGUGGUGGAUGGUGUGAGCUACCUCCUGCAGGAGAUCUACGGCAUUGAGAACAAGUACAACACACAGGACUCCAAGGUGGCCGAGGACGAGGUGAGCGAUAACAGCGCCGAGUGCGUGGUGUGCCUGUCGGACGUGCGGGACACGCUGAUCCUGCCCUGCCGCCACCUCUGCCUGUGCAACACCUGCGCCGACACCCUGCGCUACCAGGCCAACAACUGCCCCAUCUGCCGCCUGCCCUUCCGAGCCUUGCUUCAAAUCCGAGCCAUGAGGAAAAAGCUGGGCCCGCUCUCGCCCACCGGCUUCAACCCCAUCAUCGCCUCGCAGACCUCCGACUCCGAGGAGCACUCGUCCUCGGAGCACGUCCCCCCGGGGUACGAGGUGGUGUCGCUGCUGGAGGCUCUCAACGGGCCGCUGGCGCCGUCGCCGGCCGGGGGGGGGGGGGGGGGGGGGGGGGGGGGGGGGGGGGGGGGGGGGGGGGGGGGGGGGGGCUCAGGGGGGGCUGUGGGCAGGGGUGACACUCUCUGCUGUGCCCCUUUGGCCAGGUCCAUCUCGCAGAACUCCUCUAUCCUGCCUGAAGAGGAGGAUGAGAAGUCGUGCACUGAGUCAGAGCUGAGGGUCUCCAGGAGGAGAUCCCCAGCCCGGCACGAGGAGGAAUGUGGUGCAACGCCAGAGAGUGAAAACUUCACCCUGUCAUCGUCAGGAGCCAUUGACCAGUCCUCGUGCACUGGGACCCCCCUCUCCUCCACCAUCUCGUCCCCAGAAGAGCCCGUCAGCAGCAGCCUGGCUCAGUCCGUCAUGUCCAUGGCCUCCUCCCAGAGCCAGCACUCCCAGCUCAGCACCGACACCGUGUCCUCCAUGUCUGGCUCCUACAUCGCCCCUGGCACGGAGGAGGAGGAGGAGGAGGAGGAGGGGGACGUGCUCCCCUCGCCCGCGGCCGCCAGCGCCACGGCCUCUGAUGGAGAGUCAACACCCGUGGAGUCGCCGGAUCUAAAUUUUGUCAGCAUUUCUGCCGAGGAGCGCGAUGCCGAGGGAAACGACGUGCUGGAGGACGAGGACGCCUCUCCCACACAGGAGGACGGCCCGAGGACAGGCGCUUUCCUCGGUCUGAGGUGUGACAAUAACAAUGACAUGGGCAUCGCACACGUGAAAGCGCUGGACAAUAAACUGUGCUCUGAGGCCUGCUUACCUGGCCCAGAGGCAGCCAACAACAAUGUGGGGCUGCAGCAGACCUGGCCCCUCUGCCCCCCUGGCCCCCGGGACCCGGAGCAGGCAGCAGCCACCCUGCCCGUGUGAGGGCUCAGCCUGGGUGGGGGCACCGACCCCCUGCCCACCCAGAGGGACCCUGGUCUGGGCACCGUGGGCGUCGUCACCGCCACCCCUUGGCUGUACCAGGACUGAAUCUCAAAAGAAAAGACGGUAACCUCGACUUUCCGUGGGGGCGGAAAGCCACGUCACUUUGGAGCCCCCCAUCGGCACCUUCCCGUUCUCCAGCCCUAACGGGGACGGGCUGGGGUCCCCUCCUGCUCCCCCUCCCCCAGUCAUCUUACACCCCCGGGCUCCUCUCCUCCAGUGUGUGGAGCACCUGGGACAGGGUCACCUCACCAAGGGGCUUUUGGGAUGUGGGUGGGUGGGGACAGUGGGAGGAUGACAUUCAGGGGUGUGGGCUCAGGGAUGAGUGUUGGGACUGGCAUCCUUGGUGCAUGAGCUGGUGACGUUCGUGGGGGGCCGGCCCCCCCAGGUGUGCUGGCCCACGCCCCUGCCCUGCCGAGUGCUGUCCCCAAGCCAUGGGAUGUCCCCAGUGAUGGUGGCAGUAAUGGUGCCCUCAUAGCUCCCCCUCCCUCUGCUCUCCUCCUGAGCAUCACCUGGGCUCCUGUUGCUUUUCCUGGGGCGUGCAGUGGGGUGGCAGGGGUGGGCAGGAGCCCUGGUACCACCCCCAGCCCGGUCACCAGCCCCUGGAGCAUUGAUCAUUUAUCUUCUCUGUCUUCCGCCCUGCUGUGAGCUCAGGGCUCUGGGCUGCGCCCUCUCUCUGGAACAAGUGCCAAAGUGUCACCUCCAUCCCAGCCAUCCUGCCCUCCCCAUAACACUUUGUAGCAAGGGGUGGGUGAGGGUGUGGGAGCUGCCCCCCAUCUCUAUCCCCAUCCCUCUGGCCUCCAUUGGGCUGACAGCAUAAGUGGAUUUUUCUCCAAGGGCAGACACACAGGGGUAGUAAGGGAGGAGGGAUAAAGUCACAGACCUUGGGGGCCUGGUGGGGCCACUGGCAGAGGCCAGGCUCCGCUGCAGAGAGCAUCAGGCACAGUCAGAAAUCAGACAGUCAGAAAUUGGAGGAGCAUCAGACCCUGCAUCCCAGUCUCGCAGGCUCUGGAGCUGUUUGGGGCAGCCCAGGGUGGGAAGCUGAGCCUCCCUUUCCCCACCUGGUUUUGUCGCAUGGCUGUGGCAGCAAAGGCCACCUGCUCGUUACAGGAUGCAGUUGCAUUUCAGAGCCACCUCAGCACAGAGCUGUCCAUGCGCUGAAAGCAGUGUCCCUGGAGGGCUGUGUGUGGGCAGCAGGUUCCCAAUAACGUCCCCACGGCAGAGCAGGGGCUGUGCUGAUGAUGGCUGUGGCUCCUAAAGAGGGAUGAAGCUCUUUUGGGGGCUGGGGGGUGUUUUCUCUGCCUGGCUCCCAGCCAGUACCAUGUAGCUGCUUGCUCUGUGGCCCCAGUGUGGGUCCUGCCAGGGAUGGGUUUGGAGCCAUCCAUCCCACUGCUCUCUCUUCUGGGCUGGCUGUGUCUCCUCUAAGCUCAACAGCUCCCAAAUUCCUCCCUGGUAACCCAGGGCUGGGUGCUUGGUGUGGGGGGUGACAUCUCCAAAGCGCCAUCCUGGGAGCUGCAAGCAGCAGGGAGGGCUGGAGGGGUGGGGACAAUGCUUGUGCCCUGUUUGGGGACAGGCUGGGUGCCCCAGCCCCAAGGAGCCACAGCACCACACGGGGAGAGCUUUGGAGGCUCACCAUCAUGCUAAGCUGAGAGAAUCACAGCAGCCAUCUCUUCCCCAAGUCCCCAGCAUGGGCAGGGGAGAGAAAAUCGGGCUGAUGCUCCAGGGGCACCUCGUCUACCAAAGCCCAACCUUCCUCAUGGCUUCAAAGGGGACAAGGACAGCUGGCCUGGCACCCUGCACAGGGUGCAACGGUGCUUGUGGCUGCCAGCAGAGCAAGGGGCACUUAGGAGCCACUGUGAGGGUUUCGUGGCUUCUCUGAGCGGUGUCCCAAGGCUGCGGGAGCGGGCAGAGCUCAGGGCGUGGCCGCAGACCCGCGGUGGCUGCGGUGGGCGCUGCCCCUCGUUCAGAGCCGCGGAGAGGAGCCGGGAAGAUGCUGCGGCCGAGCAGCGCUGCUGCCUGGCUGUGAGCGGAGAAUCCAUCCUCUGGGUGGCACAGGAGAGACGGGAUUUGGGCAUGGGCGACACCGGUGCUGUCCUCGGCCACCCAGAAGGGACAAGGGGCAGGCAGGAGGUGCCAGAGCAGCGUGGGGUGAAAGGUGACAGCCCCUUGUCUCACGGGGCGGCCCCUUGUUCCAGUGAGCCACGUGUCAGGGAUUGAAGGAAGGAAACCAGAUUGCUGCUUAUGAUUUUGCUUUGAGCAUGUUUUGGAUUUUAAGAAUAUGUUUAAUAAAGGGUAUCUUACGUCAACAGAGUGU